CAAUGAACAAUAUCUAUGAAGAUUUAUAGACAUCAAACUAAAUUCUGGAUCUCCUUUCUGCCAGAGGCCGAGGAGGAGCAGGAGGCUGAGCCUGAGCAGGAGGAAGAAACUGAGCAGGUGGAGGAAGAUGGAGGAGAGCAGCAAGAGUACCAAGAUCAAGAUGCCCAGGAGGAAGAGGAGGAACGCCCCAAACCCAAGCCUAUGGUGCCUCAACUUGCUCCUCCAAAGAUUCCUGAGGGAGAAAGGGUGGAUUUUGAUGAUAUCCACAGAAAACGCAUGGAGAAGGACUUACUGGAGCUGCACACUCUGAUCGAUGUCCACUUUGAGCAGAGAAAGAAGGAUGAGGAAGAACUUAUUGGCCUCAAAGAACGGAUCGAGCGCCGCCGCUCAGAGAGAGCUGAAAUCCAGAGGGUUAGAGCAGAGAAGGAGAAGGACAGACAGAACAGGAUUGCGGAGGAGCGUCACAGAAAAGAGGAAGAGGAGGCCAAGAGGAAGGCUGACGAUGAGGCCAAGAAGAAGAAAGUGCUAUCUGGCAUGGGUGCAAACUUUGGAGGCUUCCUGGCCAAGGCUGAGUCGAGGAGGGGCAAGCGUCUGACAGGCAGAGAGAUCAAGAAGAAGACUCUGGCUGAGAGACGGCAGCCACUGGGCAUCGACAAUAUGAGAGAGGAUGCGCUUAGGCAACGGGCCCAAGAGAUGUGGAACUGGAUCUACCAGCUGGAGUCUGAGAAGUUUGACUUCAUGGAGCACAUGAAACACCAGAAAUAUGAGAUCAUUGUGCUGCUGAACAGAAUCCAACAUGCUCAGAAAUUUAAAAAAGGCCAUGGCAAAGGGAAGGUGGGCGGCCGCUGGAAGUAAAGGAGGAAAUUUUGAAAAAGAGAAAACAAAGACAUACUGAUUAAAUAAAGAGUAACAGUAUUGAAAUGGAGGAAUGGCAUGUGGUCGCCAGAGCCACUCCUUAGGCUUUCCCUGUAUGUGUGAAGGAUAUUGAAUGUUUCUUGAUAUGAUGUAUUGAUAAUAAAAUGACAUGCACUCGA